AUGGAGAAUCUGUUAUUAGCCACAGAAGUUGUCAAAGAUUACCACAAGGAAGAGAUUUCGUCAAGGUGUUGUAUGAAGAUUGACAUAUCAAAAGCCUUUGACUCUGUUCAGUGGCCAUUUCUACUCAACACACUCAAAGCUCUAGGGUUUCCAGACAAGUUUAUUCAUUGGAUAAAUCUAUGCAUAAGUACUGCCUCUUUUUCUGUUCAGGUUAAUGGGGAGUUAGUUGGCUAUUUCCAGAGCAAUAGGGGUUUACGACAAGGUUGUUCCUUAUCGCCUUACCUAUUCGUUCUCUGCAUGAAUGUCCUGUCCAAACUGAUUGAUAAAGCUGCGGAGAAAAAGAAGAUUGGUUACCAUCCAAGGUGUAAAAACAUUGAAUUAACACAUCUAUGUUUUGCUGACGAUUUGAUGGUUUUCGCUGAUGGAGCUAAAAGAUCACUUAAAGGAAUUCUAGAAGUGUUUAAUGAGUUUGGGAAGAUGUCGUGA